AUGCAGCAGCAGCAGCUGAUGCAGCAGCAGCAGCUGCUGCAGGCGCAGCUGCAGCAUCUCGAGGAGCAGCUAAGGCAGCUGCAGCAGCAGCAAAAUCUCCAACAGCAGCAACAAAUGCCGCGGACCCUUCCGGGCGUCCGGCCUCCGCCAGGGUUUGGGCCACCCCCACAACCACCGCAUCAGCAGCAGCAGCAGCAGCAGCGCAUCAUCCUUCUUCUUCUGGUCUUCACCCGCUGCAGCAUUAUCAUUCUGAUCAUCAUCAGCAGCAGCAGCAGCAGCCGCCGCAACAGCACCAUUCUCACUUUCAUCAUCCUUCUCAUCCUCAUCGGCAGCAACAGCAGCAGCAGCAUCAGCAACAGCAAUAUCAGCCUGGGUAUAAAGCUACACCGUGGGGAGUACCGUCUGCUGCUGGCGAUGCUGCUGGUGACGGAGACAGUCUGUCGGGUGUCUCCUCACGUGUGCCUUCUUCUUCUUCUAGAGCAGUAUCAAGUGCCCGGUUUGCUGCCGCUGCUGCUGCUGCAUCUUCUUAUUCUCCUUUUACUGUUACAGCACCACGCCGGCGUAUCCCUUCUGCUGAUUCUCUUCACUCUCCUCGCCCUCUCGGCCCAUCUCCACAACCCCGCCCAGAAGCAGCAGCAGCCGGAGCAGCAGCAGCAGCACCAGCAGCAGGAAGACCCUGGAGAAGCGUCUCCUCCUUCAAUUUAA